AUGAUCACAUUCUUAGGACUGAGGACAAGUGCAACUCGACGAUUUCCUGGAAGAGCGAACAUGUUCGUGGAACCUUUCACAAUCUCCCACGUGCAUGUGGGACUUCAAGUGAUUCUGUGGAAAAGGCUAAUUCUAUUUUUGCAGUAUCUAGAUCUCAAACUCCCCGCAGUGAAAUACUACAGACAAUGUACACAUGCCGCAUCAACAACCAUCAAAGGAACAGCAGCUCAGCAUCUCAAUACUCUUCUCUCAAUACUACUCAGAUUAUUACUUCUCAGAACUCCCAUACCUACAAUCUACCUCACGCAAGGCAGAUGCGCUACAAGCGGUUCCAACAAACAUCAUCCUAAAUUCAUCACGCCGAAGGAUCAACUUCACCUCGUGACAGAUACGUGGUCCAUGCAGGAUUCACACUGUACCAACUACGUAGCUGAAUGGUAUAGCAUGGUUCUGGACUAG